UUAUUUAAGUAGUAGUGAUGCCAAGUGAUGCUUUCGUGAGAGUGUUGGUGAGCGUUGGACAUCGUUGGGCGUGGAUGGGUGAUGAUGUCCGUUGUAAAACGCUACUCUCAAAUUCGUUAAUAAUUUACUUGUUUCUUUUCACUCUUUAUGGUUUUGCUUUAUAAGCAAUCGCGACAUCAUGGCUCGAAAUUUAUCUUUUUUCGCGUACACCAUGUGCUACGUUCUUAUUCACGCCAGUUUAUCGAAAGGUCAAGAGGAAAAAUCAUGCCAGAUUCCACUGGUAAUCAGAGGUUCAUGGUUUUCUUGGGAAAAUGGUGAAAAAACAUUGACUGAAAUCAACGCAGAAACUAUGACCAAUAAGGGUUUCUGCAUUAAUGCGCUAUCAGAGUAUCACGUCAACUAUACUUUCGUGUUUCAAAAGGACGUGUGUUACAACUGCGUCAAACUAAUUGUCAGAACUGUCAAUGUCCUCGAAAAGCUGGAAUCGAGUUGUGUAAAUUUACGUAAUGGUGUCCAGCCAACGGUGGAAAACGUAUGUAGUGGACUGCGUCCAGAUCAACAGUUGAUCACAUUAUUUUCUGAAAACUACGUUCCAGUCAAUUGUCGUUCAUCUCUUGAAGGUGUCUGGCAAUUUGCUUAUCAAAAUCGAUUCAGGUUCACUGGAGAGUGUAAUCAUCCCGAUGCACAAAUUCGUUCCUGCCAAACAGCUGGUACUCAGUUCUUGAUUACAAAUCAAAAGUUUACCAUAAAUUACAAACGUUGUGACACGUUGGAAGGAACUGAAGAUGGAUUGGUGGAAUACAGUUGUUUGGGUGACUGGUUUGUUGACAAGAAUCAUUUCUUUGCCGUCGCAAAUACGAAGGAAUCUCGAAAAGAUGAAAAGUACAGAUGUUUCCUGAAGAAUCGUGAUGAUGACUUGUACAUUGGUGUCUCUAUAACCGCAGAGUGCAACACUCUAAAAACAGUUGAAAAAAGUCCUGAGCGUCUCCGCAUAACGCCGGUUAAAUCUGAAGUUGUCGACCCAGGAUGUCGUUUACCUCAAAACAUGUCCGGAGACUGGAUAAACACUGCUAAUAUAGAUGCAGAUAUUUUUAUAAAUGAGACACACAUAAUAGAAACUUGGUAUCCAGAUGAAGGCCGUUUCAGGCGAACCAUUUAUGUUUGUCGAGAACAAAGAGACACUAGGGUCAUGAUGGCAAGAUUAACUGUGGAUGGAUGUCAGAAAGAUUAUGUUUGUUUCGACUUUGUGCCACAACAUCAUAACGUUAUAAGAUAUAGGCGAGGUGUUGCUGUUAUUAAAGAUGACUUCCAUACAGUAUGUUCCUGGGUUCAAUUUCCAAACAAGGAAGCAUGGAAAUACGACUUGUACCUCGCGAAGUAUCCAGUUCCAGUCAGAUGUCCUGUAGCGGGAAAAUAUAUGUUCACCCAAAAAGGAGACAUUUUGUUUGAAACAAGAAUUUUGGGAGGUGUAACGCUUUCCCCGCGACCGAAUAUUUAUUGCAAACAAAAUAUAUCAGAUUUAUCAGUGUGUGACACCGAUCAAAAGGAAGUAGCUAUUGACGAAACUUACUGCCUUUCAGUUGAUCACUUGGGACGACCAGUUGAUAUUUACAGUACACCUGAUUAUAAAAUGAAAUGCAUUGGCUACUGGAAAGAAAAUUUAAAGUCAUAUUUAAUUACAUAUGAUGAAUUGGAUGCAUUCAGUAAAUAUCGAUGUUGGGUUUAUCAAAGGGCAGAUUUGAAUCGUGUCUUGAUGUCCCAAGCUCUUGGACCUUACUGUGACCUUAAACAAGAUGUGACAAGUAGCAAUUACACCGAAGGUGCUGCAGUCGCUCUGCAGCUACAAGAAUAUGAGCGUGAGCGAGAUCAAUGUCCCAUGCACUUUGAUGACGGUAGCAAUCCUUGGGUACAAACAGAAAAUUACAUUCAAGUUUUUCGUUAUGAUAAUGGAGCUCCGAUUCUAACUUCAUCUGCUGUGUCAGUCCUAGUAUUACUUGGGGCUCUCAUGCAAAUUUUCUAAUGAAGACUUGUCUGCUCAUUUCUAAUGUG